UCAGACAGCCUUUGGAACAUAAAUCAAUGUCUCUCCGCACCACUCCCCAACUCCUUUUCUUCGCUUCGCAGACUCUCUUUUAUGUUCCCAAAAUACCCCUACUCUCUGCUCCUAUUCACGCUUCACCCCUUCUCUUUCUUUCCCUUCCAUUUCUCUAAGACGUCACGCCUCCACAAAAACUCUCUCUUCAAUUAUCGCUUCAGCUCUCAAGAACCUCUCAGAGGUCGAGCCAGUUCAUUUCCUGGUCACACCCGAGGGAAUUCGCCGCGAAACAGCCGUCGGAUGCCAGAGUCUACGCCGUUUUUUAUCAAAACGAUGAGCUUCAGUUUAUAGGCAUCUCGCGUAACAUUGUUGGCAGCCUUUUUACUAAAAAAUAAUCAUUUCUGGAACUUUGCGGCUCCAUUUAGGUUGGUGUAGUCAUUGAACCUGAUAGGACAGCUCUAACUCAAGCCUGGAAGUCAUGGAUGGAAGAACAUAUACAAAACACUGGAAAGGUCCCGCCUGGCAAUGAAUCAGGAAACACCACUUGUGUUCGGCAGCCACAAAAGAAGCAAAAUCUCCGACUUACUCCUGGCGGUCAUGUUCAAUUUGCAGUUCCAUUUCAGGAACUCAUUGAUAACUGGUGAAAGAGAACAGCGUAGUGACCUUUAUUGAGGGGUCAACAAGUGCCCCGAUGUGUGGAUUUUCAGAGAGUAAUUGCCACUCUUGAGAGUCAAGGAGUGGAUUAUGAGAGUGUUGAUGUACUUGAUGAAGAGUAUAAUCUUGGAUUAAGGGAGACACUCAAGCUGUAUAGUAAGUGGGCCACAUUCCCUCAAGUUUUUGUGAAUGGAGAACUGGUUGGAGGGUAUCAUAUCCUGACCCCGAAGUACGAAGAGGGUGAGCUUACUGGUUUGUUCAAAAAGCAGUAGGUUUUGACUUUAUAGAUGUUGGCCAAGGAGUGUAGAAGGAAAAGAAAAGAGAUUGUAAGACUACGAUACAUCAAUUAUUGUAACAAUAGAGCAAUCUCUGGAUCAUCGUCUAGUGGAGUGCAAAUUCUCUGUUGAAUCCAUUUCUAAUCUCCCCCCCUAAUACUUUCUCAAGUAUAGGUUAUGAAUAGGACGGCCUUUUGGGCCUACGGCAACUGUGGAAUUAUGAAAGGCUUGAUUAUUGGCCCAUGGAUCUUGCUUGCGAUUGUGUGCGGCAAACAGAAGCAGGCCUUUUCGGCCUUGUGGCUAAGAUCAAGUCCAGUCCAAAGGCUUCUGAUUGAGAUCUUUACUUUUUGGUCCUCUUUACUUAACUUCAACGAGUUUUCUGGGCUGAUGCUGAAUGAUAUGUUUUACAUGUAAAAGGCAAAGGCAAAGUCAAAGGGGUGCCAUAGUUGAGACUCUGAGAUGUAUUUCAAGCUUAAGUACUUGAGUGAGGAAGAGAAUGAAAUAACACGUCAAAAUAGCUUAAGAGUGCCGAGAAGGCUGGGAUGAAAGGUUCUAAGCCCUUUUCUAGUCCUUAAUCUAGGGCCUUCUAAUCUCUUUUCUAGUCCUUAAUAUGAAGUUUUUACACGUGAGCUGCAUGGCGUGUCUAGUGUAGGGCAUGCCUACCUGCUAUAAGUGGCAUCCAGGUAGUAUUUUUUGAGCCUGUAUAAGCCAUUUUCGUAAAUAGACCUUUAGUCCUUAGAUUUAGCCUUGGCUUGAACCUAGUUUAUUUGGUCCAACAAUUGGCUUCAUACAAAGUCAUAAUUUGAUUUUUGGUUUGAUUCAAAAAAUAAAAACGAAAUAAGGCAAACCAUGAUUAGAUUUAUAGUUCAAACAGAAUUUUUGUUCAUGUAUAUACCAAAUUGAAUCAAACUGAAUUGAUAAAUCAGAUAGCAUAGUUUUAGUUUCAUCCAUUCAAGCAUGACAAGUAAAUCCAGUGGAUAUCUAGUCAGCCACCGCUGCUGUGAACACUAUCGACCAGGAAGCACCAGAACCACUCCAUUACCGUUUUAAGUUAUAAUAAAACUAAACCUCCUUCAGCUCCAACUGCCGCUAUACUGUUCCAUAUCCAGCAUUGAACGCUGAGAACCCAAGCAAACUCCAGCCUUGGGUUUCAUAUAUGAAAAAAAUGGUCUAAAUAAUGAGUUGGCAUCUGCUUCUUACUUGGCUUCUUCUUGUUCCUCCACUUUGCAGCUUCAACAACGUGUCUUUCUUCUUGUUAAAACAACUGGAAGGCGGCUAUGGCCAAACCCCACUGGGCCACUAGACAGCAAACAAGAAUAUCCUUUGGCUUUCCGUGUUCGCAUCCCAUGGUUUGUGAAUCACUUCCCCUGAAUUCUAAUAUCAGCUCUUCCUUGAACACCAUCGCUCGACGACAAAACUCACCGAACCUGUCUCUUUCUUUACUUACUCAUCAAAUCUCUCACCUGUGCCUCCUCUUUCGUCCUCUCAAUUUGUUUGUUGAGUCGGUUGCCUUUAACGUCAAAGAUCACCACCAUGCAUCCCCCCUUGCUUUCUCUUACAAACUUCAAGACAACACUUACAAUAAUCCCUGCCCUCUUAUCUCUAUCUCACGCCAUAUUCACACACGUCUCCCAUCAACUUGUUCUUGAAACACCUCCAGGCUAAAGAGGAGAAUACUUUCCACCAAGCAAUAAAAACUCUUAUCUUACGUCAGUCCUAAAAGCACCUUUCAGAACCCCCUGCUAUGUAAGCCACAUUUUGCUUUAUUCUUUCUCACACGCAUCACUCUUUUCUCUUCUCUAUUAAUAUUUCUUUCUCUUCUUGUUGCUGGCUUGCUUGCCUGUUAUGAAUCUAGGUACCAGCACCAACAGUAUUAACCAGAAUGCUGGCUCCAUCGAUACAUUCUUCGAGGGUUGGCUCGUGCGCCAAGAGCAUUACCUCGACGAGCUACUCUCUGUUCAAAAAAGUUGCCAUGAAUUCCGAGAAGAUGAUCUCAAGGACCUCAUCACCCGAGUACUCUCCCACUACCAACAGUAUUUUGAAGAAAAUUCUCGAUUAGCGCAAGGCAAUAUUUUCCUUCGCUUUUCUACGACCCGGCUCUCUUCCUUUGAGCGUGCAACGCUUUGGAUAGCAGGUUUCAAACCCAGGUUUGCAUUGAAGCUUGUUUGUAACUCCGUGCAAGACCUAUCUCCAAAGCAAGGCGUAAGAAUAAAGAAACUGAUGGAGGAGACAAGAUGCGAAGAGAGGGAGCUUAAUGACGAGUUGGCGAGGGUUCAAGAGAGCAUGGCGGCUCCGCCUUUGCUUGCGAUAGCCAGGAAACGAGCAAGACUGAUGAAUGUGGAGAUUGCAGAAGAGGAGGCAGCACUGGUCACCUUGAGGAAGGCAAUGGAGGAAGUGGUGGCAGGCGCUGAUAUGCUGAGGAUAACCACUGCAAUGAAGGUGAUGGAGAUACUGAACCCGGCGCAGAAUGUGAGGUUUCUGACAGCUGCGACGCAGCUGUUGGUUAAGCUUAGGAAUUGGGGGUUGCAGAGAGAUUCAGAGAGAAAGGAAUGAAACUGUUAUUCAUGGAUAGUUUU